AUUUCAAGACAGAGCGGCCGGCGGCGCCUCCUUCCUUCUCCCACAACGCAGCUGCGCCGGCGGCGCCUUCUUCCUUCUCCCACAACCGAGCGGCGCCGUCGUCCUCCAGCAUCAACCUUCGCCGAGUCGCCGACCUCCACCGCUAGCUGCAUCAAGAACCGCCGUCGCCGUCCUCAGCAACUCUUUCCCGCCGCCGUCCUCCAGCCUCAUCGUGCUCUGCUCCUCUUUCUUCCGGCCAUUUGCCCACAGCCCACCGGAUAAAGAACCUGGUGUCUUCCUCCUAUCGAAUUGUAUAAUGUCGAGCGGUGGUGCCGGUACUAGUGCAAGUAAUUCUGUGGCAAAUAGUAAAGCAAAGAGGAAAAAUGCACCGGGAAAUCGUAAUGAUCCCGGUUGGCAGCAUUGUAUAUGUCAUGUGCAACAACAAGUUGGUGGGAAGUAAUGUCAAGAAAGCAAGAAGGCUUGAAAUUGAUUUUGAGGAUAUAGACUCCGAGAAUGAAUGGAUUUGUGGCAGUGACACUGAAGAAGAAUCACAAGCUGAAGCUUUAGGAGUUGAUGGUGGUGAGGAAGGUCAUCAUACUGUUGAAAUUGGUCCUACUAUUUCUAUUGGUGAGGAUGGAGGUGAUGAUGCUAUUCAUGUUGAUGGUGGCGAUGCUAUUCGUGUUGAUGGUGACUGUGGAUUUGAUAAUCCACUUGAUGAUGGCGAUGACGAUGAUGAUAAUGAUGAAUUGGAUGCCAAUGUUGAAGGCGAUGAUUUAAUGUAGUUUUCUUUCUAUCAUUUCGAACUUUUGUGUGCUUUCAUUUCAAUUUCAAGAAUUUGGAUUAUUAAACUUGUGUCAUUAUGUAAACUUAAACCAGCUUGUUGGAUUUUUAAGAUGAUAUCUGUGUGACUAUGUCGUUUAUGAGUUGCUUAUGAUGUAUGUUUAUCAAGUAUCAACUUAUGUUUAAGAUGAUAUCAAUCAUGAUUUAUUGCAG